ACACACCGACAAUCUAGUCCCUCUUGUUUCUCCGCGCAGCGCAGUUUCUCAUUGUGGCGCAGUUUUCCAGUCUGGCGCACUUUCCCAGUCUGAUUGGACGCUGCCCUGGACUUUGGACACACUGGACGCUCAGCAGGACGCACGGAGGAGGCACACAGCGGACAUCGCGCUCUUGAUUUGCGGCUUUAACACGAUGGAGCCAGCCUUCGGGGAGGUGAACCAGCUCGGCGGGGUGUUUGUGAACGGGAGGCCGCUGCCCAACGCCAUCCGGCUGCGCAUCGUGGAGCUGGCGCAGCUCGGCAUCCGUCCAUGUGACAUUAGCCGACAGCUGCGCGUGUCCCACGGCUGCGUCAGUAAGAUUCUCGCGCGGUACAACGAGACGGGCUCCAUCCUUCCCGGGGCCAUCGGGGGCAGCAAGCCCCGCGUGACCACCCCCACCGUGGUCAAACACAUACGGACGUACAAGCAGCGGGACCCGGGGAUUUUCGCCUGGGAAAUCCGGGACCGGCUGCUCGCGGACGGCGUUUGUGACAAGUUCAACCUCCCGUCCGUGAGCUCCAUCAGUCGCAUCCUGCGCAACAAGAUCGGAAACCUGUCCCAGCAGAGUCACUACGAGUCGGGGAAGCCCCCUCACCCGCCCCCGCAGCCCGCUCUGCCCUACAACCACUUGUACUCGUACCCCAGCUCCAAAGUGCCCACCCCCCCGGGCAUGGCUGCGCUGCCCGGACACAUGGCCAUGCAUCGGAUAUGGCCCUCGUCGCACUCCGUCACUGACAUUCUGGGCAUCCGCUCCAUCACCGAGCAGCAAAUUAGCGACAGUGCAUCUUUUCCCUGCGCCAAACUAGAAGAAAGGAGCGCUAUUAACAGGACUCAUUUCCCCGCAGCGGCAGCCUGUUCAGCGCUAGUCAAUGGCGUGGAUAAUCCACAUUUAGAACCCGAAGCAAAAUACGCCCAGACGCCGAGUGGUUUGCCCAACACAGUGAGCAGCUAUGUCACGGCGGGCAGCAUCCCUCCCUACCCCCCUCCCACCCCAGUGUCUCCUUACAUGGGGUUCAGCGGCACCAGCUCGGCCUUUGUGAGCGCACACACAUGGCAGGCGCCCAAUGGCAGUGCGCUCUCUCCCCACAACUGUGACCUCGCCCCCCCCAUAGCCUUCAAGAGCAUGGCGCCCGCCCGGGACAUCCACCCAGUGGCAAACAUCCACCCAGCGUCUAACAUCCACCCAGCUACGGCCGCCGCGCUAUAGAAACACGAGGAGAUGCUAGGCCUGUCACGACGCUGCGAUAAACCGUAAUAAUGAAACAACUUUAAGCCACUGAGAUAAUUCAAAAAAAAAAAAGACAAGACAAUCCCAGUGAAGCAUUUUAAACACAGGCAUCGUUAAAUGAUAUCAGCGGCAACAUGCUAAUAGCAAAAUGGAGCAAUAAUUAGCCGUAGAAGUUACUAUUUCAACACUCUAUAGCUCAAAUCUUAUUAUUAUUAUUAACAAAAAUAACCCAAAUCUCCCCAUUUUGACAAAGAAAAGGUGAUUUUCGUGACAGGUCUAGAGCUACUGCUGGGUUUACACUGAAGUGGUGUGGUACGGGUUGGCAUUGCCUGGCACUACAAGUAGGUAUAGGUAAAGCCAGGCAAGAUCCGAGGGCCCCCAAGCUGCAGAGGGCCCCAUACAACCCAGGGCUUUCAAACGGCUCUGUAGUCCCUAGAGAACUUUUUUCUGUCAAGAUUAGCCCCGUACAAAAUAAUACACGUUAUGACGAAGGCGGGCCCCUUUUGCCGAGGCCCCUGUGGCGUUGUAGUAUAUUUGUGAUCCCUUAAACGCAGAACUAGACUGGGUUCAAAGAGGGAGGCUCAUUUGAAAUGGGAGUUGAGACAUAAAAUUGAGAAUAAGAUGCGGAAACAGUAAGUGUCAAAACAGUAAAGUUCAAGACUAUCUGUAGUAAAAGCAUCACAAAAUCUGUAAAUGUGAGUUCCAUGGAUGAGAGAGAAGGAUGUGGGGCUGCCAACCUCCAGACAGAUCAGAUCUAUGGAGCUGGUGCUUGUUUUUAGAAUGUCAGGAAGUCAAAAGUCUCAGUUUUAGUUUGAGUUCACAAUAGCCACUACAGGCCCGGGCCCUUAGCAGCUGUUAGUUGGGAAUCAGCCGGUCUAAUUCAACAACCAAAGCACUUAUGAUAUACUGAUCCAUGCCAUGCCAACCCAGUGCAAACUCAAGUUAACGUGUGUCCCCUGCGGGCUUCCAUAUAUCAUCUUCAACUUGUCUUUAUGAAGGACUUGGCCGGGACUAAACUUGGGACCAAAGGAGAACUAAAGGGAGGACUCUUAAGAACUGAAGGACGAUUCAAAACGCCAAAGACUUUUUUACAAAUGUUUUAUUUUUGUUUUUUUAAUUUACAAAGCACUUCUGCAAACGUUGAUGGGCAAAGACUUGGUGAUGUGUACUUCUAAAGGAGCGUGAGCAGUGGGUGAGCUGUGCGUUACUCCAGGGUGCUUGUUCAGAAUUAUAAUAUUCAUUUGUGUUUUGUACAUUUGUAAGUUUGAUGUAAUGUUUUGCAAUGUGGUCUCUCUUCUUUAAAAGCCGUUGUAGCUCCAGAUUUUAUUUAUUAGACCCAAGUACGUUGAAUGAAGUGCAAUUUGCCUUAAAAAAAAUGAUUUAAAGCUCCAAUGACGGACAUUUCACUGCAGAAAAUAUUGUCUAGAUUUGUUAAAAUGAGUUAAAUUCAGAAUCUGAAUCUGAAUUGGAGACUUGUUAGCAAAUUUGAAAUGAAUUAUUAUUAAUUUUUUGAGAUAAGAAAGUUGCACUUACUCAGUUGAGGUGGUAAAAAGAUGCACUGCGUAACUUUUCUGCUCAUCUCCAUGGUGAUGUUGUGGCGUGUCUCUACCUGGUGAUAUUAUUGCUCGUAUCCACGGUGAUAUUAUUGCUCGUCUCCACGGUGAUGUUAUUGCUCGUCUCCACGGUGAUGUUAUUGCUCGUCUCCACGGUGAUGUUAUCGCUGGUCUCCAUGGUGAUGUUAUUUCUUGGCCUGGUGUAGCACUGAUCCAUCCUGGAUUCAAUCGAUUACAGGUGUUUUUAUUAUCAAAAACAAAAUACCUUGAAAAACAUGAUUCAUGCUGUGUGAGGGGCUCGCCUCUGCACAGAUCUUACCAGUAACUUGGCCUAGUGCCGUCACCAGAUUGGUUCAACAGAGAUAUGUUUAAUUCAUUACUGUGGAACAUUCCUGGCAAAGCUAUGACAUCUCCAUGGAGAUAAAAAGUUACAAAGUACAGCGUUACACAGGUAACAGUAACUUCAUUAUAUAAACAAUGAGCUCCUGAGUAAGUUUUGAAUUUAAAUCAUUUUAAACAAAGUUAGAUGUGAUUUUUUGCAGCGUUUGAUGAGAAAUAAAUUGGCCCAUGUCGGAGUGUACCAUUGUGAAUGUUGCACAGAGAAAUUGAAUGUAUGUUAUUAAAUGGUUUGGUUGACUUG